AUGUUUUCGUUAAGAUACAAUAUUUGUCCUUUUCGUCGAUGUUUUAAUUCAUCGUCAAUAUCAAAAAUCAAUUCAACUAGUAUUUUAAAUGGGAAUUUUAAAUAUCAUGAAUAUGUAGUUAAAGAAGAAGAUGAUGUAGAUAUGAUGAGACUUGAUCGAUAUUUACACUUACAAACAAAGCUUCCAAUUUCUAUAAUUCAAAUGAAAAUUCGAAAAAAUGAGGUAAAAUUAAAACCACGGGUGCAUGAAAGUACAGAUUUAGAUAAAGAUAGGGUAAAAUUACAUAAAGUUUUAUCAUAUAAAGUUCGUCCUGGUGAUUUAGUUUCAAUAAGAAGUCCUGAUUUAUAUAAGGAAGCAAAGUUUGCCAAACCUAAAAGACGCAAGACAGAGUCUUUUAGUGAGAAGGAAAUCGAAUCAAUAAGAUCACUGAUUUUAUAUCAAGAUAAAGAGAUUUUGGUGAUAAAUAAACCAGCGGGUCUUGCAACCCAAGGUGGACCGAAAACAUUAAAACAUGUUGAUGGACUAUUACAUGUUCAUAGGCUGGAUAAGAAUACAACAGGAACUUUGAUCCUUGGUCGAACUAGAUCUGCCGCCGGGAAACUGUCUCACAUGUUUCGUGAAAGUACAAUAGACAAGAUGUAUAUUGCAAUUGUUAAUAAAUUCCUUCCCAGAAAUUUGUCAAGAGUAAAAAUUGAUGUACCAAUUUGUUAUGGUGGAAAGCCGCCAUAUGAGAAAGUUACAUGUGUAUUAGAUCGAAGAUCAAUUUUGAUGGAAAAGGCCAAAUCAGCAAUAACAAAUUAUCAAGUGCUUGCGGGUACGGGUAAUUAUUCAUUGCUCAGAUUACAUCCAAAAACAGGCAGGAAACAUCAGUUACGGUCGCAUUGUGCAUAUGUACUUGAAGCAUCUAUUUUGGGAGAUUACAAAUAUGGCAUGGAACAAAUAUACACAUCAGAAACACCCGAACCAAUGUAUUUACACUUAAGUAGGCUUGCCAUUCAUAAUUGGAGAACGCCUGAAGGUAAAAUUUUAAAACAGCCUAUAGAAAUAACGGCACCUUUACCACCGUAUUUUAAGAAAAAAUCAGAACUACUUUUUGGGAUUGAUGCUGAAUCGACCGAGUGGGAUUAUUAG